GACAGGAACAAGUGGAAGGGAGCUUGACAAAUCAAGAUGGCGUCCCACGCUGAAGCAGGAAAGAGAUGCCAGUAUAAAUAAAACUCACCCGGAGAAUAGUUUAAAAUUGAGUGCCAUCUCGACAAGACGUCGUUAGGAUUUUGAAAGAACAGGACGGAGCAGAAACAGAGUCUCUAAAUGGCUGCGAGGAAGACUGGAUCAGAUGCAUACAACAAUGGACCCACAAGCUACCUUGAUGAAGUUCCCUUCAAGAUCAAUGAAAAAUUUCUCUGCCCAGCCAAAGUGGGGCUGCCUGUUGGUUUCUGUCCGGCAGACUGUGGCUCUUUGCUGGUGGAGACACAGGUUAGUCAGUAUGACUUUUCUCUGGAGAAGCGUAGUGUGCGCUGGGGGGUUGAACUGGCUGAGGCCAGAGCAGCAGAGGCCAGAGCAGCAGAAGAGGCAGCAGCCAAGCGGGAGACAGAGAGCCGGGAGUGUUUGACACAGGCCCAGGACAGUGAUGGUGGUGGAGGGAAGAAACCCUGUUCUGCUGCGGAGGAUCAGGACCUUCUACCACCAGCGUUAAACCCCGUCCUAGCGGGGCUGAGCCAUAAUGCCAUCCUUACGCCACUGCCUGCCCCAAGCCUUGGCCCCAGAAAAGUCCAGCCUAGCACACCCCAGCCACACAGCCUCAACCUAGCUGACUUUGAGCGGGAAGAGGACCCCUUUGACAAGCUGGAGCUCAAAACUUUGGACGAUAAGGAGGAGCUCAGGAGCAUCCUCCAGAGCCAACCCCAACCUCAGCCUCCUCCUUCUGUAUCCCCACCAGAGGUCUCCCAGAUAGGGUCAGCGUCACGUGGAAACAGCCCGUCUCCUCCCAGCACCAACACCAGCCUCACCGCCAAACCUUGCUUUACACAUAAACCCAACGGGUUGGUUGCCUUGCUGGACAUGGACAGAGUCGGGCAUCUUGGGAGAGCGGGGUUUGACACAGAUGAUCGACCCUGUAACAUCCGCUCUCUCAGUUUUCCCAAGCUCUCAGAUUCUGGUGACCCAGAGCCAGUGAGGUACACGCCACUCCCUGCGCCCUUCCCUGCUACCCGACAGAACCUACCCAAUGGCAGUCCACUGACCAUUCCUAAGACCCAAGUGAUUGUUGCUCCUGAGCCACCCAGCCACACCAAGAGUGGCACACCAAAACCGGCCAUCCCAGGGUCAGGAUCUGCUGGUCUGCCGUGUGGUGGAGCGCUACUCAGCAUGACCCCCAGUGAGCGUCAGUGUGUGGAAACCCUAGUGGGCAUGGGCUACUCUUAUGAGGGUGUCCUACGGGCCAUGCAGAGACAAGGGCAGAACGUGGAGCAGGUACUGGACUAUAUGUUUGUCCAUGGACGUCUGUGUGAGCGGGGCUUCGAUGCAAGUGCAGUGGAGGAAUGUUUAGAGAUGUACCAAUGCUCAGAGGAAAAGGCCUUGCAGUUCCUUGAGCUAAUGUCAAGAUUUGGCGAAAUGGGAUUUGAGCGGGAUGCCAUCAAAGAGGUGCUGUUGGUCCACAACAAUGAUCAGGACAAGGCUCUAGAGGACCUGAUGGCUCGGGCUGCAGCGAGCUGAGCCAAGCUAACCAGCCAACCAAAGCCCAACCCAGGGUUUGCCUCCUGCUACUACCCAACACAGCCCCUUUCUUUCUGCCUACCCUAUUACACCAUGCCCUGCCCUUGCCUUGGCUGUGGAAGGGACAGCUGGAAGACAGUUGUAUUUCUCUCUGUGCUAAAACGUAUUGUGUCUCAGCACUUCUUAAGGACUGUGUGCCUAGAGUGGAGGGGGUCAAAGUGUAACAAUACUUCAUGGUGGUGUUUUUUAUUCCUAAGAAAUCCUGGGGUUAGGUUUCAGGAUUUGAUACUGCUAGGGUAUUUAAGAAUGGGAAGAAUGUCUGAGCUGGAAAAGGAGAAGCUGGAGGAAUUAGGCUGUGGCAUUUUGAUGCCAUUCUGAUUUGCUUCAACUUGGAAGUGUUUAAAUGACUGCAGGACCGAAUGGGGAGCUGAUCACAGGUUCUGAGUGCAUCACAGAAAGACCAGUUUGAACUUUUGAAACUCCCAAAACAACUAAGCUUCCAUCUACCAUUGCUCAGUGCAGACCUAGUAAAUGAUGGAGGGGACUGGGGGUCUUGAGAAGGCUCUAUUCAAACUGAACCAACUAACAUGAAAAGUCAAAAAAAGAUUUAAAAAAAACAAACAAAGUUCCAGUUGCCAGACAGACAACUGACUCUCAAGAAGUGCCCUCUCUGCUCUGGUGCCCUGCACCUAGUUCUGUUCUUCAUUUGUUCAUUCAUGUCUGUUCAUCUGGGCACUUUUUCAUUUCAGAAUGAAGAUUCAGUUUCUUUAAUUUCUGUUUUAGGAGCUGCAUAAUAGAUCCUUAGUCAUUAUAACUCCCUCCUGCUCAAGUACGCUCUUCGACCUGCACUGGAAUGACCUGUUAAAGGAGUGGGGAGAAAUGGGCAAAGUUCCUCUGUAGGAAAUAAUAAGAAAUAUCCCAUAACCCACUGGCACUGAUGUGUCACAUACUGCACAGGCACAGACACGUAUUUCAUAAUUAUCAGCUUAUUUAAAACAGUACACUGAUACUUUCAUUUAAAGUUUUGAUAUGAUAAUGUAAGAUAUGUUAACUCAUAAAAGUGACGCUUUUAACUGUCAUGUUGUCAACUUCUGUUUGCAGACUGGAAAAGAGUGAGUUGUUUAAAAAAAAAAGAAGAAGAAAAGAAAAACAAAACAUAAGUGAGGGUUGUUUUUGCAGCCACAUCACAGUGCAAUAGAGACAUUUCAUAUUGUGUGACUGUUGACAGGCACUUUGAGCCUCAAGCAAUUGUUGGGAGAUCAGGAGCCGUCUUCUAGCCCUGCUGGAAAUGUAGAUGUAACUAGAAAAGAGUGAGUGAUUUCAGUGAUUUCUAUCAUUUGUUCUCUGUUAUUGGAUUCCAUGCCACAAAAUCUAAUCAAACAUGACUUUGGUUUGUUGACUUGUCCCCCCCACCCUUUUUUUUUUUUUUUUUUUUUUUUUUCCCCCCACACACGUAAUGUGAAAUGAGUGUCUGUCUUGAUUUUAGGUUUGUUGGCAACUACACAGUCUUAAAUGUAAAGUUCAAAAGGUUAACUCACUGCAUUUUCCCAUUUGUUGAUUGGGUGUGAUUCCUUAAAAGAAGGAUAGUUAAUGGAAAUCCUUAGUUCCAUGCUGCAUAUGGUUAGAAAAAAACAUAUCUGCUCAGUUGCCUUGAGGGCAAAGAUGAUAGCUAUGUGGUACUGAUGGGGAUUGUGACAGGCAUUGAAAGAGAUUAAGGGCUUAAAGUUAGCAAAAUGUGACUUGGAAAACUGGCACUUUGCUUGGGGUAGGUCCAGUAGUUUUUGCAGUUGUGAAACAUAGGACAAAGAAAUGUUCUAAUUACCAAUCUAUUGUUAGAACAACCCUUGGUUCAACAAAUCUAGCUAGAGUUUUAUUGCCAAUACAGGCACUGUUUUACUUUAUAGAACAUAUUGGCAAUCAAGUGUCUAACGAAUAUACAGUACCGACUAGACCAGAAGGAUGAGCACAUGCAUGCACUGAAUAAACAAGUUGCAAGUUUGUUUCAAGCAUCCUGAAAACAACAAACAUCUCAGUGUUUACUGAGUGACGCACAUCAUCAUGAUUCUGUCCUUCAAUCCAUUAUUUUAUUAUUUUAUUUUUUGUGGUUAGGACAGUGUCUGGUGCAAGGACAUAACGUGACACGAGCAAGGUGUCGCGUUAGACCUAGUAUCCUUAUUUAAGCCAGCGUUUUGUCUGAUGUGUAGUUUACAAUGAUCAAGUGUUUUCACCCGGUUCUGUUUUUCAUUGCUUUCCUUACUGACUGUGAGAAUGAAGAAAGGAACUCUUACUUUACAGGCAAACACAAGUGGUAUUAUUGUUGCCUUACAUAACUCAAGUGUGGUUUCCUUAUUCAUACAUAAAGCAAGUUCAUGUCCACUUGCCUGUCAUCUGACAGCCACACAAGUUGGAGUCAAUACAGUAUAGCAGGUUCUGGACCUCCUCCAUCAAUGCCUCCUCUCUUUUCUGUUAAGAUCUUCUAGUUGGGUGGGGAUGAACUGCAUCUAGGUUCUCAUUAUUUAAAACAUUAUGGUUAAGGGUUUAUAUAUCAGAUCCACUUCUAAGUCACUGCAUAAUUUAACAUGAGGCCCCAGUGAAUCUAAUGAACAUUGAAACAUCUUAUCGUGGGUGAGUUAAGUGUUAUUUCCCAAGCUCAUGAAAUGUGAUUUGCAAAAUGUUCAAUUUCCUCUUGAAUGAUUUGGAAAAUCCACAUGAUUAAAUGUGCACAUCUUUUCAGUGGUGAGACUGUUAA